UUGGUUGUUUGCUUUAUCUUUGAAAUAACUAAGAAUUGCUGAACCGUUUUUACAUAGGUUUGUUUAUCUACAACUACUAUUAGUGUUUGUUUUUUUUUAAAUAGUACAUUUAUUCAUACACGUGGGUCAGUUUUAUUGAAAGUAAGAAGAACUGACGCUCUGAUAUACCACUGUCUUCAGGUGUUCUGAAGUCGAAGAGAGUGUACAAAAACAGGAGUUGCACUAUCGUCAUUAAUCCGCUCUCUUUCUCCUUGACAUUUUUUAAAACAAUCUUAUAACAGUGCUGCGAUGGGAGUGAAAGGCCUUCAGUGGUUUAUAGAAAAUGUACGGCCAGAAGUCUGUGUGGAAGUGAACCUAAACGAAAUAGCCAAGCGGAUUCGCCAGGAGCAUCCACAGCGCACUCCAACAAUUGUGGUCGAUGCUAUGUCUUGUUUAAAGUAUUGGUACACUGCUGAUGCUUGGGUACAUGGCGGGCAAUGGAAAGAAUAUAUUCACAGCAUAGAAAGCUUCAUAGAAGCUUUUACAUCUGUUGGCAUUAAAUUGGUAUUUUUCUUUGAUGGAGUUGUGGAACAGAACAAAAGGACAGAGUGGGUGAGACGUAGAUUGGAGAACAACAGAGAAAUCGAUAAAAUUUUUCAGCAAAUUAAGACUUCUGGACAACAACCAGCAAAAGAAAUGUUCUUCAUUCCCUCUGGUCUUGCUACAUUCUCUCGAUUUGCUUUGAAGUCACUUGGUGUUGAAACAUGGUGUUCAUUGCAAGAGGCAGAUUAUGAAAUCGCCAAAUAUGGACUACUUAAUAACUGCAUGGGCAUUCUUGGACAAGAUUCGGACUACAUUAUAUAUGAUACUGCACCAUACCUAUCCAUUAAUAAGUUGCAGCUUAUCAGUAUGACAACUGUUCUUUACUCAAGAGAAAAUCUCUGUCGUUCUCUGGGACUUAAUAAAUGUGACCUCCCACUAUUGGCCUGCAUUCUUGGUAAUGACAUUGUGUCAGCGAAUUCUUUACAAAGUCUUCGUAAAAAAUGUAUGGCUUUGUAUCAGCGAAAGCAAAAUAUGUUGCCACAACGAAGUGAUACAGUGUUAGCAGUGGCACGAUAUAUUUCAGAAUGUUUGUGCUCAAGUGACAGAAUCAAAGAAAUGGCCAGACUACCAAUCUCUGAAGAAGUCCGAAAUUUACUAGAAAGAGGAAUUCAUUCUUAUCUUCUUCCAGCACAACAAUCUCCAUGGAUUAUUUCUAAAAAGGAUAACAUAUCCGAUAUUCCUUCAUGUGUCAUGGAAAUCUGUGAGGAUGUCUUGAAGAUUGCAAGGGAGCAGCACAUCAAAGCUGAGGGAUUUAUGGUUUACAAUGUCUUGAGUGUUGGCGAGGUGGAAUGCAGCAAUACAUUGGAAGAUCCUAACGAAACAGAACUUCCUGGACAAGCAUUUGUUUUCCGUGAGGCUAGACAGCGUAUUUAUACUCUACUAUUGAGUGCACAGCACGACAGCAGUAAGUCAAUAUCAGAGGUGAAGGAGUGGUUCGUUUACCCAGGAAAUGCACUUCAAAUGCCAGAAAUGGUUAACAUCAUACCACUUAAUCUUCCAGAAGGACUUCCUGAUCUGAAAAAAUUAUGGGUUUCUGAAGAACCAGCAAUGAAAAAUCUCCGCUUCACCACCUUCCUGGCAUUGUUUGAUUUGCAUGAAUUUGUAGAAGAAAUCUCUGUCUUGGAACCUCCUGUAAUAGGCAUCUGUUGUCUGCUCAUAUACAUUUCUCGGCAGGUGGAUAGCCUUAGCAUUGAAGACAUAGAUGCAUAUUUGUCCCAGGCCAUUUGUGUCCGCAACAAACCACUAAGUCAUUUUUCAUUUACCGAGGUUCACUAUGUGGAUACAAGAGCUGUGCAGCUUGCUUCAUUGUUCAUUAGAGGUCUGACUGUUUUGAUUGCAGCCAACACUACUUGCGGAUUUCCGUUUAAGAUGGCCUACCUUAUGCCUUGGGAAAUAUUUGAUGGAAUCCACUUUCAUUCCAAAUAUUUGAAGUCACAUGCUGGCUGUUCUGAAAGAGAUUUGCUAGAAGAAAAUAUUAACUGGAUUUCACAAUUUCAUGAUCUAAAAGUGCUUAUCCUUAAAGCAUGUGAAAAAAAAGGAAGGAUAAUUCAAAGCAAACCCAGAAAACCAUUAGCAGGCAAAUACAGUCCAGGAUUUAGAGCCCAAAACAGAAAGAGAUUCAGGCUUGCUCCUCGCAGCCAAACAAUAAUGAAAUACAAAAUGAGCCAAAGCAAGACCAGCAAACUGUGUCCAUCAUACAAUAUCUGAAAUUAAAGAAAAAUA